GGAGCAGAAGAAUCUUGGUCGCUGUCAGUGUGGCUGUCAAAACGCGGACUUUAAAAAUAAAGUAUAGAUGGAGAGGAGAGGAGAGGAGACUUCACGCUGUUCUACCUGUGCGACGUUAACUCUUACCAUAAGUUGCGUAUAAAGGGGGCAGCCGUAUGUUUCGAAGUUUGCGCACGUCAACAGUUGAAGACAGAUAAAAAGCAGAAUCUAUUGAAAUCGUAUUGGUACCCAUGCAGUGCAUUUGCACGAAAUGUGUGCACACAAAGAAAACGUCACGACGACUCUCGUAGAUUUAUUUUAAAAAUAUUUUUUUUAAAUAAAUGUCGUCAGAACAGGUGUUUAAUUUGGUGGUUGGUGCAUAAAACUAAUGCAGCAGUGUCCCAAAGGCAGCCUCUGACGUUACAGUCAUUCAAAUAGCACAGGAAAUAAAAUUAAAAGUUUACAGAUAAUAAUUCAAAGACUAAUGUUCACACUCCACUCCCCCCGUCAGUUAAUGAGUAAACGCUACUACAGUCCGUUUACCCUCCGCGUCCUCCUGCUCUCCACGCGCACUCCGGCUUCUACUGCUCCUGCGGCUCCUGCGCUCGCUGCCCCUCUAUAAAUCAAUUCCUCGGUCUUCGGCUCCUCGUCCUUAUUGGUCAGGUGGAGUUGUUGCCUCCCCCUCCUCCCUCCUCCGCGGCCCGUGACGCUGCGUCUUCACGUAUCCUUCAUGCGCGUCUCCUCCUGGGUUUCUUAUUGAGAGUCUUGCCGUGUGUCAGAGGAAGAAGAGGCAAAGCCGAGAGAGAGCGCAGAAGUGUGUGUGUGCGCGCGCGCUUUAUACCAUACACACACUACCCGAACCGAGAAGAGAGCGGCGCACAAGAGCAGUCCCCCCCUCUUUCGCUCUCUCUAUUAUCCUCUGGUCUCUCCCAGUGUCUCUCUCCCUCUCUCUCGUUACGCGCUGGCUCUGACUCCGUUUCCAUUUUGUCGUUGGAGUUUUGACUAUUCUAUCACAUUACUCCGCGCGCUCGGGAAAGACGACUGAAAAGCUGACUCCUCUUACCCUGCCUGUGUCUGGGAGGACCCCUGGACAUGUCCAUUUAGUUACCCUGCGUGAUGCCUGAUCAUGACAGCACAGCCCUCCUAACCAGACAGACGAAACGCCGGCGUGUUGACAUCGGGGUAAAGAGGACUGUGGGUACCACCAUAUUCGCCCGCGCCAGGGAGACCCUGUUCGACGGCAUGAACCAAUCACACGGCCUGGACCAGGACGGAGACUGCUUGGUUGGUCACGGCCACGGAGGCAGCAGCAGCACCAGUGAUGGAGAGAAGUCCAAUGUCCUGAGGAAGUUGCUGAAGAGGACAAACUCGUAUGAAGAUGCCAUCAUGCCCUUCCCAGGUGUCACCAUCAUCUCUCAGCUGCUGAAGAACAACAUCGUCAAGAAUGGAGGCAGCGAUUCAGGCUUUCAGGGGAGUGGAGCUCUGUCCAGUGGAGGCUCGGAGAUUCAGGGUGAGGAUGCCUGCAGCAACUCUUCCCGUGACCAGGACAGCCCGUCUGACUGCCUCUCUCCUGGGCCUCCUCCUCCAUCAUCAUCGUCCUCCUCCUCCUUCGGGCGUCCACAUCCUCCUCUAAGCGUCAAUUCCCACGCUCCCUCCCAGCCGAUCUCCUUGUCCUCCUUUGAUUUUGACAGGCUCUCAGACGAGCACCUACGUGCCAAACGUGCCCGUGUUGAGAACAUCAUUCGAGGCAUGAGUCAUUCACCGCUGGUGAGGCCCAUGGCCAGUGAUCACAACCAAGAAGGUAGCCAUGACACCGAGAGCAGCAGCAACAGCAGUAAUGACCACCGGGGAGACACCAACGGCCACAACAACGGCAGCCUCAACCACGUUCGCAGUGACUGUCCGUCACUCCUGAGCUCUCCAGGCUCAAGAGCCACCGUGGUCAGUGUGGGUGAGGUUUACAGAGAGAAUAAGAGGAAGCAGCGCCUGCCACAGCAGCAGCACAGCUUCACUCAGCUGGUUUGUUCCAGACAGGAGCAAAGACAGGAAGAACGACGGCAGCUCAAACUGCAGCUGGAGGACAUGCAGAAACAACUGCGUCAACUCCAGGAGAAAUUCUACCAGAUUUAUGACUCAGAAACUGAAGAAGAGGAGGAGAAUGUUGAGAACGGAGAGGCAGAACGAGGGGGAGAAGACGGUAACUUGUCUGAGGACAGUAUUCGCUCUGACGGCCUAGAGGAAAGGCACCGAGAGAGAGGUCGGCACGGCCACGACGAGCUCUCCGAGCUGGACCCUGGUCUGUUUCUGGACCGAGCUCGAGCUCUCCUCAGAGAACAGGCCCUAAUAGAUGGAGAAAUAGAGGAGGAUGUGGACGUCAGAGAUGAAGAGGAUAAGGAUGGAGAACGAGUGAUAAAGAGGAGAGGAGCAGGAGAAGGAAGAGGAGGAAAGCAGUUGGCCGAGACACUGAAGCAGGAGCUGAACUGUGCCGUGUCACAAGUCGUCGACACUGUCGUCAAAGGCUUCUCUUCACCUAAACCGGCGGUUAGUCACCAUCACGGUUGCCACAGCAACACACCAGCUGCACCCUCCUCUUCCUCCAACUCCUCCUCCUCCUGUCCACCACCCUUUGGGCCCCUCCCAUCUCUUACUCCUGACUCACGUUUUGGCAGUGGUGCCCUGGCCCUUACUUUAAAUGGGGAUGGUAGUCCAACCUCCAACUACCACUCCUCCAACCACCGGCUGCACUGCUUUGGUGAUGUCAUAGUGCCCAGCCCAUUGGAGUCCUUCGGUGGUUUAAGUGGCAGACUGAGUGGUGUUCCAACACCUAAUGACCAAACUGAAGCUCUGCCACUGGUGGUGCGCAAGAGUGGUGGAGGAGCUGGGGAAGACAAUAUGACCCCGUCUCUACCUCCCCCUCCUCCUCCCCACCAUCCCUCCCUCCACCCUUCUCCCCUAACUGCUUCUUUGGGCUUUAGUCCACCAUCAUUUCGCCACCCGUUUCCUCUCCCCCUCAUGGGAUACCCCUUUCAAAGCCCACUCGGGCCACACGGGGGUGGAGCCGGAUACCCACCUGGGCCAAAGGACCUCCAUCGCUCCUCCCCUGAUUCCCUGGACAUGACCCGGGAAAGUAUGAGCCUCAGAACCAAAAUGGCAUCCCUGGGAGGGAGGCAUCUGGGUCACCACCACCACCACCACCACCACCAUCAUCACAGACAGAGUUCACCGGGCCAACAUGGACCAGAGGGUCUGUCCCUGUCCCUCAUCAAGUCAGAGUGUGGAGACCUGCAGGACAUAGCAGACAUGUCUCCGUACUCAGGCAGCUCUAUUCAGGAGGGUCUGUCUCCCAACCACCUGAAAAAAGCCAAGCUGAUGUUCUUCUACACGCGUUACCCUUCCUCCAACAUGCUCAAAAUGUACUUUUCUGACGUCAAGGAACGUUUGGAAAUACACAACGGAGUCAGACCAGUUCCCACAGAAGGGUUCCUCAAACGGUCACGUCUGUGUGACACAAUGAAAGAUUCUGGCCUUAAUCAGCCCAGGGUUAAAAAUAAAUUCAACCGCUGCAUCACCUCCCAGCUGAUCAAGUGGUUCAGCAACUUUAGGGAGUUCUACUACAUCCAGAUGGAGAAGUUCGCCCGACAGGCCAUCAACGAAGGCGUGACGGGGGCGGAGGAGCUGACGGUGGGACGUGACGCAGAGCUCUUCAGGGCGCUCAACAUGCACUACAACAAGGCCAACGACUUUGAGGUUCCUGAUCGGUUCUUAGAGGUGGCCCAGGUGACUCUUCGCGAGUUCUUCAAUGCCAUCGUGGCCGGCAAAGAUGCGGACCCUUCCUGGAAGAAGGCCAUCUACAAAGUGAUCUGCAAGCUGGACAGUGAGGUUCCUGAAGUCUUCAAAUCCCCCAACUGUCUGCAAGAACUCCUCCACGACUGACUAGGAAAAAGACGGAAACGGCGGACGCAGGAAAAGCCUCCACAGACUGUAAGAAGUUUGUAAGAAAGAUCAUUGAAAAAUGUCCACAGCUAGGAUGGACAGUUGAAAGUUUUAAUAUUUUGGAGAAGCAAAGACUUGAAGUUUCAGAAGUGAUUACUAAAGAUGAUUUUUUUUUUUUCGAGUAAAAAGUUCCUUUCCGUGGACAUGGAGGGCGGAGACUGGUGAGUCAGAUGGGUAAAAUGACAGGUUUGUGUUGACGCUUUUUUUUAGAAUUAAUGUAAAACAGUGAAAAUGAAACUUUCUUGCACUUGAACAGAAAAUGUUCCUUCACGGUGAAAGACUCUGUUCCACCUUCUUCACACAUGAAGAGGACGAUGGAACGAUCUCCAGACUCACACCUGGGAUCAGGAGCCAACUAAAAUAAAAUGGAUUAAUAUAUAAAAUGUUAUUGUGGAUGUUUAUAAGUUACAUGAAUCUUUUUCGGGAAGAAUUGAUGUUUUUUGGAAUUUGUUUGUCCUUUGUAUAAAUGUAUCACUUGUCACUGACACUGAUUCACACACACACAGGUGUAAAAAGAAAAGUACCGACGUUCUCCUGCUCCCACUUCAACAAAGGUGUUUUUAUUGUUGUUGAUUUCCCUUCUAUUCUUCCUCCUGGUUCUCCUUCUUUCUCUUCCUACUGUACCCAGAAUCACUGGCUGUUGUCUCGACUGUGACCUCCUCUGCCUCACACCCCUACUGGCUGAACCCCACCCACCCACCUCCGGUCAGAGAACUGACAAAUGAAAAAAAUCAUUUUUCCUUGAACAUCUCAGAUUUUUACUAUAUACACACACAUA